UCCCCAGAAGCCUCUGUGUAAUUCAUACCCUCUCCAGGAGUAUUAGUUAUACGGUGUUUAUAAAGUCCCCUCAGACAUUACUGACAUGUUCUAAUAUUAUCAGAUGAAAAACUAAAUUAUCAGACAUGCUGUCUCAUCUGCUUCUUUUCUAAACUUGCAAAAAGUAACAAAACCGUUUGAAAGCCACUAUUUGUGGAUUCUCUGAAAGUUUCCAUGGAGUGUGUGACAACUUAUUUUUUCAUUGAUCCUAUUGUCUAAUCUCACAGCUGAAACAAGCAUCCUUAAUAAUCUGUAAACAGGAAGCUUACCGAUGCUGUAGUAAAACAAAAGGUAUAAUAAUUUAUUAUUAAUAAAACCUUGUUGCAGCACUAAAGCAUAAAAAUGAGAUUUUGCAUUAAAUAUGCAAAAUAUUUACAUAUGAAUUGUUUUAGAGCCCUUUUAUUGGUAGAAUCUGAUAUUAAUUUAGUUCUUACAAAAAAUGGGUCCCAACAUGGUUUUUGUGGCGUUGCCAUAGUGUGACGUCAUAGGCACAGAUCCCGUCCUCUUUUUUGGAAAUGGAAAUAUGGUCACCCUAUAUUAAACAACCUGUCCACCCGGGCUUUUGCGCUGCACAGAGACGCUUCGCUGCCUAUGACUUUGAACGUCAGUUGAGUCAGUCUCAUGCAGACUGACCAAUGAAGAGAGGGCCUCAAGUUAAGACCCUCUCCUCAUUGGUCAGUCCACACGAGGUGGGUCAAAGGUUACUCUGGGCGGGUUACGUGUUGUCAGGCAUUCAAGUAUUGAGUAUAUUUACUGCAUAUUACAGUAAAAUAUUCUGUAUGUGACCACAUUAUGGUGAUCCUCGGGUCGUGAUGAUGGAGCCCUUGAAUAUUGUUGCCCAGGGUACAACAAAGUGUUAAUCUGGCCCUGGUUCUGCCGUCACAUUCCCGCAGAAACUGGUUGAUCACACCGGGGCCAGACUACUAGCAUGUGGUUUUACAACCACAAUGUCCUCGGAAGCAAAAACGCUUUUAAAAGGGAGGGAGGAGUCCUAACUGUUGCUGCAGGCGUGUUGUGUGAGAGUGCAGUUAUAUACUGGUUAAUAUAUUUUUGGGUUCAGUUGCUUUCAUGUGGCCUAAUGUGAGUCUAUUUGGGAUCAUUGGAAUGAUCAGCAGCAUUUCUUGAUGUGACUUUAUGGCAGUUGCCCAGGGCAUCAUCGCAAGGAGGAUGGCAUUCAUUUACUUUUGUUUUAUUUGGUAUUUUUUCAGUCAUUUUUGGAAAUAGUGAUCAAUUUUGAUUAAUUCACAGCCUAUGUUUAAUUACAUUUAAAAUAAAUGUCAACAGAUGAGAUCAAACAAAACAGAUGAGAAUUGCCCUUAAGCUGUUUAACUUGGACCAAGCAUUUUAGGUCACAGAUAGAUGUAGCUUAGGGUCUCUGUCUAUACACCUUAUAAGACAAUUUAGGUGAUGGCAUGUUGUUUUUCUGCUAUUGAACUGUUUUCUAAUAAUGUUGUGUUAAAUAAAGUGAAGGAAGGAGAGAAAUAACGUUUCCCUAGCAGUUUUUAAAAAUUUCCCCAUGUAAUCCGAUUAAUCGAUUAAUCGUGUCGAGACCCCAUCCGAUUAAUCGAUUAUCCAAAUAAUCUUUUGUUGCAGCCCUAGAUCUGACCACCACCAGAUGUGUAUUUCCACAUUGUUGUUUAAGAAAUGAGAAGCAACUCAUUGCACCAGUUGAAGUUAAAUAACUUGUAGCCAGCUGAAAGAUAAUCACCCCUGCAGUAAUUAUCCAAUAGGAGGCUGGUACCUUUUCACUUUUGGACCUUCAAAACUUUAUAACUUUUAUUUUGACAGAAAAUGAGCUUGUUCUUUGAGUUCUUUGUUUUUAAAGCUGCAAUAGCAAAUUUGGAAAACAAAUUAGCUAAAUUGUUUCUCUCAUGCCGCUUAACAACAUUCUAAUAUAGUAUAGCUAUAAAUAUAUUGUGUACAGUAGUCCCUUGCUAUUUGACCAUUUCUGCUUUGCUGUUUUGCAUAUUUUUUUCCACCAAUAAAUAAAAGGUGACGACAAAAAUUGACAUUAACAAAAAUCCAAUUGGAAAAUGGAAAAUGUAGUCGAACGGAAAAAUAAACCAAUCGGCAAUUGGGACAGGUGGGACUUGAUGAGAAAAGAACCAAUCAUGGUGCGAAGCCGGCCGCUGUUUGAACAAUAUGCCAGUAACAGUUGAACAAUUUAUGUCUAAAACGAGAAAAUGUCCAUGGCUGGUAGGAAAAACAUUAAAUUUGACGAUCUGAAAAGUCUUAGCUUGGUGAGUACACAUCGGGGCUUUCCCCGGUUUUAAAAAUUACAGUGGUAGCAUCAAGCAGGGGUGGGAUAGGAGUGUAACGCUGGACCCGAGCCAAGCACACAGAGUGGUGCAUCUGGCUGUUUUAUUGUUUUGUGAUUCUGCUAUGGCCAUAAGAUAAUCAGUGUUCAGUGCUCCAGUGGUGUUUUUGUGAGGAAAAGCAUUCAGGCAGCCCAUACAAGUGUUCAGGCGGCUCACUUCGGUUAUUUACGGAAAGCAACUAAUGGACCAUCUGGUUGUUGAUCUCACCAAACCGCCGCUCUUCCCUCGGUCCUCCAUUCAUUACACCACGUGUGUCAGACACAAGGCCCGUAUUUUUAUGUGAUCUGCGAGAUAAAUAUCAGAAAUAUAUUAAAACUGACCCGCUGGCCGAUUUUACCGCAAAGACUACAACUCCCGUGAUGCUUUGCGGCGUUAGCGCGGAGCCGAAGCGCCCCCUCCUUUGUGUUUUUUCCAGCGUCUGCUGCCGGUGUCUGAAGCUCCGCUGUCUCGGACAAACUAAACACUCCUCUCACUCAGCGCUGAGUUUACUCAGCUAUUUUCCAACAUUGAAGCCCAGAAACGGAGAUUUUAACUGCUCAGUAAUGUGUUCACGACUGAAAGAGAAAGUUUUCCGGCUAACUUCCAGACAGAGCUGAUAUAACUCCAGCGAGCAGCGAGGCGCUCAAACCAGCAUGACUCUGUGGCUGCUGUCGUUUUUAUUUUUCCUCCCCGACACACAACAACGUGGUCAAGCUGCUCAGACAUGUUCAGCAGCACAAACCUAUGUGAGCACCUGUUGUCAUCUAAUGUUGUCAUUAUUAUGAUGAAGAUGACGAAAACAACAGGAGUCUCCUCCUCAGCUCAGAUCAACCCCAUGAUGCAGGUAUCUGGUUGGAACAGGUGAGCAUCACAGUAAACCAGUGGAGCAAACUGAGCUUUAAAUAUGUUGGUUUUAUGCUCUUUUUCUGCUUCAAAACAUGAAAGUUAACAGGUGAGAUGUUGCAUUUUCAUUUAAGAUAAAAAUGAUUUUUUUAUUUUGUUGUUGGCCCGUGAGAAAAGAUUUAACCUACAGUAAACAGGAAGUGGAAAGGCUGCAGAUAGAUGAAUAGAAUAGAAAAUCCCUUUAUUGUUCCUCAGUGGGGAAAGCUAGACGUCAAAGCAGCGAUGACACUUAUUACAGGAGAAAAAAAGGAGAAUAAAAAAUUAAGAAAAAUGAAUAAACAAGAAAACAUAAAUCCUGAAUAGAUAUCAAAAAUGCUGAAUAUACCACAAGUAAUGAAUACCACUGAUGCCGUUUAUUUAAAACUGACUUGCUCGUGUGUAAUUUGGUUAUUCCACAUUCAGUGUUAAUGCAAAAAUAUGUUUGUUUCCAAAUUAAAACGUUCAAAAUUGCAUAUAUGUUGAUAAAGAAAAUGUGCAAAUUUGCCGUCACUUUUUCAAAAAAUAUUAAGUUUGGCCCUCGACUCCGUCCCAGAGUUUCAUUUCGGCCCAGCGUGAAUUUGAGUUUGACACCCCUGCAUUACAUACUCUCGUAUUUAGCAACAGAACAUCACUGGUGUGAGGUUCUCUGCUCAAUAAUAUCAGAGUAGGAGAAACAGCCAGCUGCUACAACUUCAACUUUGGGACUCUGGUUGUUUGUCCUAAAGAGAGCAACACAAUUUGGAGCCACAGACAACAAAUGAUGUUUGGACCUAGAAAAUGGCGACUGGUGUGUAGCUUUGUUUCGUCUGGCAUUGCAGGUUUCUGGUUCUGGCAGAAGCAUCUCAGGGAAGGUAUCCAAGGGGAGGGGUGUGUGCUCUAAGGCAAUGUUUGCAUUCAAAACCUAGCUUGUUCUGUAAAUGUGUUAUAACAACUUUAAUAGGUCCAGCUGAUCAGUAGUUGUUUAGUCUAAAGACCUUUUAUUUCCUUGCUGUUGCCAAGGAAACAAAUCAGCUGAAUAAGCACUUGAUUCAAUGUGACAAGUUUUCUAAAACGUUUGUUGUGUUCAGUUACAUAACAGAAAGCUCAUAAAGCUUUGUUACUGUUCAGAGACAAAGCUUUUCUUUAUCCAGCAUGACGUCACAGAAGUCAUGUCUGAAAAGAGUUGGACAGAGUGUGUGCGUGCAAGCUUGUGUGUGUGUGUUUCCUCUUGUUGAAAAGGCCCCAUCAUGUUAGGUGAUUCAUCAGUGUGAAGUCUUUUCAGGUUCAAUAUUCUACAUGUCAAACACGAGCCUGCUGCUGUGCAACAUUCCCACCGCCUGCAAACUCUCUGCUUGAAUUGUGGUAUUGUUUCGGAGUUUUGCGCGGGCCGAGCCGAUUGCUGAAUCACGUGCUGUGAAUUGAGGGAGGAGAAACGGGAGCUGAAUCUCAGCAGACCAAGCAGACAUGGAUGCUUCACAGCGUGAGAUGGAAAGACAAGCAAUAAGAGAGAGAAGAAGAUAACUAGAAGAGCUUAUCUAAAACUGGGCUGCAGUUGGGUGAAGAAGUUGUUGAAGUUGUAUUUUUUUUCUGAGGUGAUGGUAAAUAUUAAGAGCAGCAGGAUGCAUCUGAAGUCUUCACAUAGAGUCAUGUUCAGUGGGCUGCCUGAGUUUGUGGAGAAAGCUGCUCUGGCUCGGAUGGAGAUCUGUCGCAUCCUCAGUGAAAGCUUCUUCAUGGUCAAAGGAGCUGCCCUUUUCCUCCAGCAGGGUGGCAACGCACAAGGACCUAAGACUCCUACCCACCACAAACAUGCAGGUGACUUACCUCAGCAUCUGCAGGUCAUGUUUAAAGUCCUGAGGUCUGAAGAUCGCAUCAAACUGGCUGUGCGGUUGGAGAGCGUGUGUUCAGAGCGGGUGCGUUACAUGGUGGUUAUCUACACCAACGGCCAUCAAGACACAGAGGAAAAUGUUGUCCUGGGAAUGGACUUCACAGAUAAGGACAGUAAAAGCUGCUCCAUUGGGAUGGUCCUUCCUCUGUGGAGUGACACCAACAUACAUUUGGACGGAGACGGAGGCUUCAGUGUGAACACGGCAGGGCGGUCACAUGUCUUCAAGCCCGUGUCAGUGCAGGCCAUGUGGUCUGCCCUGCAGGUCCUCCAUAAAGCCUGCGAGGCGUCGCGUCGCUUCAACUACUUCCCAGGAGGCAUUGCUCUGACAUGGAUGUCCUUCUACGAGAGCUGCAUUACCUCAGAGCAAAGCUUCAUCAAUGAGUGGAACACAAUGACCGACCUAGAGACGACCCGUUCUGAUUCUCCCAGCAUGUUUUCAGACCGGCCAACUGAGCGAGAAAGAACAGAGUGUGUUAUUAAGGCCAAACUCCGCAACAUCAUGAUGUUUCAAGACCUGGAGAACAUCACCUCUAAGGAGAUCCGUAACGACCUGGAGCAACACAUGAGCUGUAACCUUAAAGAAUACAAGGAGUUCAUAGACAACGAGAUGCUCCUGAUCCUGGGUCAGAUGGAUAAGCCCACGCUCAUCUUUGACCACGUUUUCCUGGGCUCUGAGUGGAAUGCCUCCAACCUCGAAGAACUUCGUGACUGCGGAGUUGGUUACAUUUUGAAUGCGACCCGAGAGAUUGACAACUUCUUCCCGGGAAUGUUUUCCUAUCACAAUGUUCGCGUGUACGACGAGGAUGCCACCGACCUGCUGGCCCACUGGAACGACACCUACAACUUCAUCGUCAAAGCCAAGAAGAACAAUUCAAAGUGCCUGGUGCACUGUAAGAUGGGAGUGAGCCGCUCCGCCUCCACAGUUAUUGCCUAUGCAAUGAAGGAGUUUGGCUGGUCGCUGGAGAAGGCAUACAACUACGUCAAGCAGAAGAGGAGCAUAGCUCAGCCAAAUGCUGGGUUCAUGAGACAGCUGGCAGAGUACGAGGGAAUCCUUGAUGCUAGUAAACAGCGCCAUAACAAGCUGUGGAGGCCCGGUGCGGAUGAGGAGGGAUCUGAUCAUCUGCAAGCCUGCGGUCACUGCGCCGGCGGCGAGGGGACACCGGUGCUUAGAGACGAGGAAGCCUGGGGAGGCUGCGGGGCGUCUCCCUGUAGGGGUCUGGAGAUGGAGCCCCUAGACUCUCUAAACUAUAACUACUACUUCAGACGCUUAUCAGACUCUGCGCUCGACAGUGAACCCUCCACUCCGGUACGGGGACCUCCUCUUCUUGGCAUGGAGAGAGUUUUUAUUGAAAUUGAAGACGUUGAGAGGGACGCUCUGUUGGAGGAUGAGGGGUUCCCAAUGGCCCACUUAGCCCUGCCUGGUGAGGGCACGGCAGCUCAGACCUGCGGGCGCCUUGAUCCCAUGGAAGACAUGAGGCUGAGGCUGGAGUUCAGCACUUUGGAAGAGGAGGACGAGGAAGAGGCCAAGAAAGAGGAGGCUGAGAUGGCGGCCUUGGCUCAAACACCUGGAAAUGCAGAUGGGAGGAAAACAGAGGAGGAGGCUGACAGAACUGAGGAGAGCCAGUUGGGUUUAGCUAAUCUGAACACCAACAACAGCAACCGUCUGGCUGCAAAGCGCAGCUGUCCUGCAGCUUUUGAUGAUAGCGCUAGCACAGGAAACCCUUUAAAAGUGAAGCCUUCCUACCAGUCCUGCAAAGACUGCAUCCGUCUGCCACAAGGACGCCGCUGCGACCGUCCUACAGGAGGCCGUUCCCACCGCCUUAACCCCUCCCGCCAUUGCUCCAUUCCUUCCAUAUGCAUAGACCCCCCAGGGACACACUUCGCCUCCACCCCAGUUCUCCAGUCUCUGCCAGCCCCUGCAGUCGUCCAGCCUAACUUGGUACAGCCUAGCACUCAUUUCUACCACUGUGCCACAUGCACUCUUAGUGACACGUCCGUCCCCCAGAACAAUCACCAGAAACUUUUCUCCCCCAUGAACUGUGAGGAGACGGCUCUUGACGGCAGCCUGGCACAGGCGGAGGACAUGGACGAACCUCAGGAGGUAAUAUCCAGGCAGGGUACCAAGGCUAUUGGUGUGACGGAGCCUGAGGGUUUAGAGUUUGGUUGCGCAGGUGAGCAGUCUCUGGCCCAACUUCAGAUGCCCGGACUUGGGAUUAAAUUUGGCGUUGAACUGAAGCUGCCGAGCAUGGCCAUGGAGAGCCAGCUUCCAGUAGGGCCUCUGCCUUAAAUCAGGAACUGGACUUGAUGAAGGAGCUGGCGUGGUACUGCCUCGGGUGUGACCCAGAUCUUGGUGUCGUACCAGAUGACCUCUACUGUAACGGCUUUUCCUCACAACUUUGUUUUAAGCUGCAGUUGUCCACACAGAACACCCUGUCAUAGGCGCCCGAUUCAGACGAGGCUGGUGAUGAAGACCUGAGAGCAGCCCAUCUGUCUCAUCGUACAUGAAGGUUCUCACACAGUUUCCCUUCAUCUCAGCGGAAAUCUUGCCACCCUACCUUCAACAGUUGGGUUUGUUGAGCUUGUGGCGGUUUGUUGGAUCUAAUUUCUGAUGCCAGAGAGCAUCUGGACCUGAGUUUGCACACUGCUUUCGUCGGUUUUCUGUUUUCACUCCAGCUCAGCAACAGUUUUUAUAAAGGCGCACUAUAAUAACAGCCUUUAACAUCCUCUGUCUCCCUCCGCAGGUCAGAUUUUCCUGCUGCUUUUGCAUCGUUAAAGGGCAUUUCAUGUGAGAUACUAUAUAUUUUUUAAAAAGGUCUGUGUGAGUUCUUACCCUUCCAUGUUUGGAGUCAUUAAGCCUAUUUUUCUCUUUUGGUCAAAGAGGGUUUUGUUCUCUGGCUACUGAUCUCCGCUGAUGUUAAUUCAACUUUAAGUGCUAAGUUUAGCCCAGAUAUGAGCGUCCAUGUUUGCACAAGACGCAUGUUUCACAUAUCUGUUGUCUUUAUGUUGUAAUUUUCAUCGUGGAAACAAAAGAUGCCUAAAAUGUUUUGGUGUUAAAAAUGUUCUCUUUAUUAAUCGGUCUGUUAGAAUCUGAAUCAGACCAUUUAUAUAUAGCCAAAGCUGUUUCCUGUUCCUGCAUCACAUUUUUUGGGUGUUUUUAUCUUCCCAGCAGCCACUAAAAGCUACUUUUCUUUACAUCUACACAUAUUCUUAGUAUCUACUCACCCACACAGGUAUAUUUAAGAUGUAUAGCUGCAAAUAUUUGUGAAGCAUGCUAAACCAGAAGUGAAAACCUACAAAAUAAAGCAUUGUUGUUUCAGAAAACUGCUUUUAUUUUCUUACAAUGUUGAGCUGAGGUCAUUUGUGUUUUUUAUUUAUGUAUUUAUUUUAUUUGCUGUAACGAUCAUCAGAAAGCUAAGAGUCGACAACAGGUUCUGGUUUGGUAUUUCACUGUUUGGUGAAAUGAAGUAAACGUCACCAGAAAUUUGAUUAACAAACAGCUGAAUAGUCUAACAUGCACAGGUUUGACUAAUAGACAAUCAUUUAUUUAUUUACGUGUCGAUAGCCUGAGACAUAUUUUUACAGUUUACGUAAUUUGGUGCCAUAAGGUGGGGGUUUUUUUCUGUUCAUGUGUGUUUUUUGCAUGCUGGAUGUGCUCGAGUGAUAGUGAAAGGUUCUUGUUUGUGUGCAGGAACAGCACAUACAUGUUCCAGUCCUGUGUUCUGUGCACUUCAGGAGAAGAAUUAAACCGUGCAGCGAAUGAAUGUUACUUUACUUUAACUGUGGUGACAACUACAAUGCACACUGUGUUUUCCUUUCUGUCUCCUAACUGCAUCUGGAGGAGCUUCGGGUUUGCUUCGUCAAUUAGAUUUGAAUAGUUUAAGGGUCUUUUUCCCCCUUUUUUUCUUUUUGUUGUUAUUUUUCUUCACAUGUUCAUCGGAGCAUUAAUGUAACAGCACAAAUUGCUGAAAGUUUUUGACUGCUGUUGAGAUUUGAGUUAUUUGAAAUUCCAACCCAAAGUUCUAGUAUUUUACCCGGUUACAGGACCAUCGGUGACUCUAAGCAUGCUUAAAGGGGUUUAUUUGAAAAUUUCACAAAAUUUUCAAAGGUUGUUGAGAAGAUUGACGUCAUUCCUGUUAAGCCAGAUGGUUGGAACGUUGUAUCGUUAAUUAACACAAACUUUUUUCUACUGACCUCUAGUGGUUAAGUUGCAAACUGCAACCAACCAAAUAAAUGUGUUUGUUUCGAACGCUGAAGGCAUGGUUCAGAUCUUUUGAGGUGUUUCUGCUAAAAGUUUAAUUUAGAUCCCAGCAACUGUAGACAGAGCGUUUACCUAACUGAGAGUAGAAAAAAGGGUAUGAGUUCUGGCCAGCUAACUAUUAGUCUGAAUAGGGCAACCUUCAAAGAAAUAGUUCAUCUCUGUUUUUCCAAACUGAUGCUGUUCAAAGACAUAUUUACUAGUGGUAAGAUAUUUCUAGUUCAUAAUCGUGUUGCAGCCGUGUCGCUGCUUUGUGAAGGCUAAUGGAUGCUUAAAAUUUGCAAAAGGACAGUUUUACAUCUAAUGUUUGAUUUAUUUUGCAUUAAAAAUGUUUCAUUUUAA